AUGCCCUGUAUCUCAAGUAACACAUGUACCAUCUCCUUGUCUGCGAAUGGCUACACAACCAUGUCGGGAGAGGUCUUACCUUAUCGUUUCAUGCAGAUGCGAUAUUCAUUCGCCGUCUCUGUGAUGGCAGAGGAUGGGGUCGAUCUCUCCAGCCUGCGGGAGCUCAUUGCUGGAGAAUCGAUCCGCGGCCUUUCCCUGCUCACGCGCGAGCAGGUUGAGAUAGCAGACGAUGACGCAGAAGCAGCAGCAAAGAGGGACGAGUGGAAGGAGAAGAAAGCCUCGGGCGAAAUUGAUGGAGAGGCGAGCAUGCCACAUGACAUCUUCGGAGUUCUGCUGAGAUCGAUCCUAAAGCGCCCUGCUCCCGAUCCCCCUCCUGACCCCCCUGAGAACGACGAGUCAUCUGACAUCCUGCUGCGCAUCCCUCGGGGUCCAAGGAAGUUCGUCUUCAGCUUUGACAUGCCGGCAUCCGUGGAGGAAGCCAGAGAGCUCCCGUCUGACUGCGGGAUCGACGCGAUGAUUCUUGUGAAGAAGGCCGACGCGCCAGCCGAUGCAGGAGGAGGGGGGGGAGGGGAGAGGUUGUUUCAUGAGCUGGAAAAGCUUGCAAGCGAGCAGAGACUGGACGGUCACAAUCCAACAGCAGAUUGUGCGUUCGAGAUGGUCCUGUUUGCUGAAUCGGCGGAGCAGCUGGUACAGAACAUAGCAAGGUGUCUCAUCAAUGUAGUUAAUGCUCGGAUUGGGUACAUGGACUGGAUGGAGGACGUGAAAGUUGUGGAGAUGCGGCCAGUGAAGGUGGACAGAGACUGUUACGAGAAGGUGCUCGCCCACAUACCCCAUGAAAGUCUUUCCGUCUCCAUCAUCCUGGAUGCUGUUCUACAACAGGUUGCCUUCUCCUGCAACGAUGGGGAGGGAGAGCAGGCGAAGGCGUUCAGGGUGAACGAGAAGAAUCUUGGUCUGAUCGCUGAUGUGAACGACCUCCUGCAAGACAUUCCUCAUCGCAGCAAGGACGGGGAGCGCAGAGAAGAGGCAAAGGAUGUUGUGCCUUGGAGGGACAGCCGGCUUGCUAGGGUAGAGAAGGGAAAGAAGAAACGAGUGUCGGCGGAUGCCUUGCUGCAAGCUGAAGAGAAGGGGGGGCUCUUUCUCAAGGUUGCCGAUCACUUCCACCUCCAAGAAGAUCAGAUCGCAGAUCACCUCAGCCAUGCUGUCCUCCCUCCCCACAAGACGAGCGAGGAGGCUCGUUUCCGCCUGCUCCUGCUCGAGUUCGAGGCCAUGCUGGGGAUUCAGGAGGAGGAGGAGAAGGAAAGCAGAAAGAUACGCAAGUUUAGAUUCGUGGAAGAGCUGAGCAAGGAGAUGAUGCAACAGCAGUUGGCAAACUCGCUGAGACAAGACGUCGAGCCUGAUGUCCUCCUUCACCGCUAUCCGCGCGAAGAUCUCCUCCUCGUUGCCUUCACCUCCUCCUGCCCCGCCAGUCGAAGGUCGACGCGAUCAUGGACGGCGAGCGCUGCUUGUCAUCUCGGGUUCUGGCAGUGGAUGCAGGCACGCAAUCGUCUUCAAGCUUCGCAUCUCAGGUCUGUCGCAAUUGCAAGUCGUCGAGGAAGAAGGAAGGAGGAGGAAGCGAGAGGAGAAGGGGAAGGGGAAGGAGAGGGAGGCGAGAAGGAAGACAACGAGGAGGUCAAUGCAGCGAUCGAGAGCCUUCCUCUACCUGACAAGCCAAGUGUGAUCUACGAGCUAGACGCGUCUCGGUCCUUGUUGUUUGACAGGCAGGACAUUGUUCACAUGAUGAACGGGAGAACUGCUGUCCGGGGAGAAAAGAAAGGUUGCAAAUACCUCCGUACGACGGUCGGGGAGCACAACAUCCACAUUGAGAGGAUGGAGGAGCAGGAGCAGGAGGAGCAGCGAUGCCUUCCGUGCUCGCUCAAGAUUGUCUAUGGUGAUGACUGUUGCGUCUGGAUCAGAAGGGAGGAGGAGGCGAUGCUGGUGGACGUGAGUUUUCGUGACGGUUUGUUCAUCUCGUUUGUCAACGAGGAGAAGGUCGUUCAGUCCAGACCCCACACGUACCCUUCCACCGGCACCAUGUCCUGGAAGGGUCAGCACAGUCACAGUAGCGCCCUUCUGCAUAGCCUUGAAGUGCACAGAGCUGGUUUUGUUGUACUCAAGUCGUGCGAUGGGACUGCGGAGGUUGUGAUGGAGGACGGGGUGAAGGGAAGGUACGGGGACACGGAGUGGCGCUGGACGACGAUGGAUGGUGAUGUGGUCAGGCAUAGAGCCGACAAGUUCGACAAGUUGGAGCCUGUCAAGGUCGGAGUGACGACUGACGUUGACAAGGGGCAGCGGGUGUGCUGGAUGUCAGACGGGAGCUACGUGGUCUUAUCUGAGACCUCGGCCGAUGCUUGUCUGGUACAUCACAGCAACGGUGUUGAGAUCGAGAAGAAAAACCAGAGGCUGCAUGCCCGAUACCCGGAGUUUGCUGCCGUCUGUCAGGACCAGCAAGGGAGGACGGCUGACAGCCCCGACGGUACUCGGAUCCACGUCAGCAGCGAGUUGAUCGAGAUCAUCCGCAACGAUGCGACGCUGCUGCGAGUGGACAAGUUGAGCAUGAAGGGGAAGUUUGUGAAGCUGACGAGGGGGGGAGGGGCGGAGCAGGAGAAAGUGCCGAACUCGGUUGAGUUUGACCUCUCCGCGGGCGCGAUGAAGCAGGUGGACGAGUUUGGGGAGGAGUACGAGAUCAGCAUGGCGGGGGAGAGCAGGGAGGACGAGGAUGACGAUCGGACGAGGACUGUGCUCGAUGUAGUCCGGCUGUUUGCGAUGAGGAGGGACGGGUCGGGUUUCGAGCUGAUGCACGAAGCGAUAGCGCAACAGGAUCUGCUGAACGCCAGGAUGAGCAACCUGCUGGUGAUCGAGGAGGAAGACUCCAAGGCAGGGUUCGGCAGCAUCUGCACCAUCAUGCGGCCGAGAGGGAGGAAGGAGAGUGUGGGGGGACAGCAGUCGGAGAUGAAGUUCUCCUGCAUGUCCUCGCUCGAUAUUGACCUGUACCAAGAUGAGUUUGUCCUCUGGCGUCAGUUCCAGUGCAGGGAGGAGGUUGAGAGAGAAGAUCUGAACAAGUGGAGGGAGGCGAUGGAGGCUGCGAGCGAGGUUGUCUUCCUGCGGGAGGGGACGGGAGGGGAGGCGGCAUCGUCGAGUGAGGAGAUGAAGAACUUGCUGUCUGCAAUAGCAGACCACAGGAAGUCGACAUGUCAGUGCGAGCAGAUAGAGCAAUACGUUCGCGAGAAGAUGGCUCUCUUCGCUGAGCACAGGCACCUCCAUGACCCGCUCUUCCCCGUCGUUACCGCUCCCCCUGCCGUCUUUCCCAAGUCAAGCUUCCGCGGUGUUAUGAAGCCGUCGGAUCCAAGGAUCUGGGAAAAGUUUGAAUGGGAGGAAGAGGAGGCUGUGAAAUGCUGCAUCCUUCGACCGAACUAUUUCUCCUCGGAGGAGGGCAACAAGUUCCUGGACAGCCUCGGGCCAGCGGGAAGAAAGAAAAUCGUCAAGGAGAAACGAUCGUGGAGAAGGGAGAGCACGGAGGAGGAGAUAGCUGAAGGGGACGAGGAGGGCGAGGAGAACAAUCACUUCGAGGUUGUCCACGACGACGAGCAGCGAUCAAACACUGCAGAUUCCUUUCGCGUCAACCAGCUUCCUACCUCAGGCAUGCACUCCAUGCCUGCGAUUAUGCAGCAGGAAUCGAGCUCAUUCAGCGAGCCUUUCAGCAGGAGGGUGAAGACCAACUAUCACCUCAAACAUCUUCGUCCUGCUCACUACGACAUCUUGAACCGCCCGCGCAAGCAUCCCAUCCCCGACAUGACUCGGCACGAGGCGGACGCAACAGUGAACGAGCAGUACGCGGUCCACGAGCUGCCGGUGAAGCGACGAACCCACACGUCAUCAGUGCUGCAGAAGGCGAUGUUGGAUGCCGCGCGCGCGAGUCAAGACAUCACGCUCGACGACAUGAUGACCGAGGCGUCGCUGACGAGGGUGUUUCGCCUCCGUCCUAGACGAGCAAACUUCGGCCAGCUUGAGAUCGGGAAGCAGACUGACAACCGGAACGUGAGAGUUGUCUUCAACCCUGGAGCCGUGGCUGCAGGCAUGAGUGUCGUGCUGGAGAUCGAGAUCAACGCAGUGGAGGAGGGGAGAGUGAUGGACGAAAUUGUGAUAGAGACCGAGAAGGAGGUGUUCAGCAUCCCCGUGUCUGCCGUCAUCAUCUCCAGCAAGGAGUUCCAGGAUUGGAUAGAACGAGGAGGACAGCUCCCUUGCAACGUGGCUGCUGCAGACUCGAACUCGAAGCACGUGCUGCGAUCGAAACCUCCAUCGCUGGCGACGCUGAAGAGAGAGGGAACCACGACUUCCAAGUCGAAGAUGUUCUCAGAGAGUCUCCGAGAUCUUCAAGAUCCCGUCCCUGAGCCUCAGCUGAGCAAGUACACGACAGACAAGGACUGGGUGGUUGACCCGACACGAUCGUUGGCUGAAAUCAGAAAUCUCAACCAAGAGCAAAGAAUGCAACUGUUGACCAUCCAGGACAUGAAACGGAAAGGGAAGAUCGUGACUGAAGAAGCGAGCAGGGAGGAGAAGGAAACGAAGUCAGAGGAAGCAAGUGCUGAAUAG